GGGUGCAGCUGCCUGGCCAGGGCGCAUGGAGGGGCCGCCGCCCCCUGAGCCCCCCGGGGCUGUCGCGCCCAGGACGGCAUAGCGGUCGCAGCAUGGAGCAGCUGCCACUGGGCCCGAGAGAUGGGUGCUCUCCUGGGCGCCCUCUCCCCUGGCAGGGGCCAAGGACGCUGCUGCUGCACAAAAGUCUCCAGGAUGGCUUUGGUUUCACCCUGCGCCACUUCAUCGUGUACCCGCCCGAGUCAGCUGUGCACUGCAGCCUAAAGGAGGAAGAGAAUGGAGGCCGAGGCCGCGGAGGAGGACCCUCCCCUCGGCACCGUUUGGAGCCUAUGGACACCAUCUUCGUCAAGAAUGUGAAGGCUGGUGGCCCCGCCCACAGGGCGGGUCUCCGCACAGGAGACCGGCUGGUGAAGGUGAAUGGGGAAAGUGUCCUUGGGAAGACCUACUCCCAGGUCAUAGCUCUGAUUCAGAACAGCGACGACACCCUAGAGCUUUCUAUCAUGCCCAAGGAUGAGGACAUCCUCCAGCUGGCCUACUCCCGGGACGCCUACCUGAAGGGGAACGAGCCGUAUUCUGGAGAGGCACGCAGCAUCCCAGAACCUCCUCCACUCUGUUACCCACGGAAGACGUAUGCCCCGCCAGCCCGGGCCUCUGCCUGGGCCACUAUGGUGCCUGAGCCCAUGUCAGCACUGCCCACAGACCCCCGGAGUCCUGCUGCUUGGAGUGACCCAGGGUCGCGUGUCCCACCCGUUGUCCGUGCCCACCUGGACAGUUCUUCGUUGGGGAUGAGCCAGCCUCACCCAAGCCCUGGUGCCUUUCCCCACCUCCCUUCGGAGCCCCGGACUUCCCGUGCCUUCCCGGAGCCCAGCAACCGGGUGUUGCCAAGCAGGCUGGAGUGUCAGCAGGCUCUGUCACACUGGCUGUCAACCCAAGUACCCCGCAGGGCAGGGGAGAGACGGUGCCCAGCCAUGCCACCCCGAGCCCGCAGCGCCUCCCAGGACCGGUUGGAGGAUGUGACUACCCAUCGCCCAUGGCCCUGCUCCACCUCCCAGGAUGCCCUGACCCAGCUAGGGCAGGAGGGCUGGCACCGAGCUCGCUCAGAUGAUUACCUGAGCCGGACCACCCGUUCUGCUGAGGCACUGGGGCCAGGAGCUCUGGUGUCACCUCGCCUCGAGCGCUGUGGCUGGGCUUCUCAGCGUCCAUCUGCCCGCACUUCUGCCUGCCCCUCUCGGGACCUGCCAGGGCCCCAGGCCCCUCCCCCACCUGGCCUGCAAGGACUAGAUGACAUUGGGUACAUUGGCUACCGGAGCUAUAGCCCAUCAUUCCAGCGCCGGACUGGCCUCCUGCAUGCACUCUCCUUCCGGGACUCACCCUUUGGGGGGCUUCCCACCUUCAACUUGGCCCAGUCCUCUGCAUCAUUCCCACCAGAGGCCUCAGAACCACCUAGGGUCGUCCGGCCAGAACCCAGCACCCGGGUCCUGGAGCCUCCCGCAGAGGACCACCGUGAUGAAGUGGUCCUGAGGCAGAAGCCUCCAACGGGCCGCAAGGUCCAGCUGACCCCAGCAAGGCAGAUGAACCAUGGAUUUGGUGAUGAGUCCCCAGAGCCAGAGGCCAGUGGGCGAGGGGAACGCCAGGCCCGGAAGGUGGCCCCUUUGACCACUACAGAAGACUCUCUGGCUUCCAUCCCCUUCAUUGAUGAGCCCACCAGCCCCAGCAUUGACCUUCAGGCCAAGCACGUCCCUGCCUCUGCAGUGGUCUCCAGUGCCAUGAACUCUGCCCCUGUCCUGGGCACCAGCCCAUCCUCACCAACCUUCACCUUUGCCCUAAGCCGCCAUUACUCCCAGGACUGCAGCAGCAUCAAAGCUGGCCGCCGCUCCUCCUACCUGCUGGCCAUCACCACCGAGCGUUCCAAGUCCUGCGACGACGGGCUCAACACCUUCCGGGACGAGGGACGAGUGUUGAGGCACCUGCCCGCCCGCGUGCCCAGCCUGCGGAUGCUGCGGAGCUUCCUCACCGACGGGUCUCUGGAUAGCUGGGGUACGUCUGAAGAUGCAGAUGCUCCCUCCAAGCGACAUUCGACCUCUGACCUCUCAGAUGCAACCUUCAGUGAUAUCAGGAGAGAAGGCUGGUUGUAUUAUAAGCAGAUCCUCACCAAGAAAGGGAAGAAAGCGGGCGGCGGCCUGCGCCAGUGGAAGCGGGUCUACGCCGCGCUGCGGGCGCGCUCCCUCUUGCUGAGCAAGGAGCGGCGGGAGCCCGGGCCGGCGGUGGCGGGGGCUGCGGCGGCCGGCGCAGGUGAGGACGAGGCAGCGCCCGUCUGCAUCGGCUCCUGCCUGGUGGACAUCUCCUACAGCGAGACCAAGAGGAGGCACGUGUUCCGGCUGACCACCGCUGACUUCUGUGAAUAUCUCUUUCAGGCUGAGGACCGGGAUGACAUGCUGGGCUGGAUCAGAGCGAUCCGGGAAAACAGCAGGGCCGAGGGCGAGGACCCCGGCUGUGCCAACCAAGCUCUGAUCAGCAAGAAGCUUAAUGAUUACCGCAAAGUGAGCCAUAGCUCUGGACCCAAAGCUGAUUCCUCCCCAAAAGGCUCUCGGGGCCUGGGGGGCCUCAAGUCUGAGUUCCUCAAGCAGAGUGCUGCACGUGGCCUCAGGACUCAGGAGCAGCCCGCGGGGAACAAGGAUGACAGUGCUGCAGCGCCCAAAGCCCCCUGGGGCAUCAGCAUUAUCAAGAAGAAUAAGAAGACUUCCCCAAGGGCAUUUGGGAUCCGUCUGGAGGAGUGCCAGCCCGCCAUAGAGAACCAGCACGUCCCCCUGAUUGUGGCUGCCUGCUGCCGCAUUGUGGAGGCGCGGGGGCUGGAGUCCACCGGCAUUUACCGGGUGCCUGGCAACAACGCCGUGGUGUCCAGCCUGCAGGAGCAGCUCAACCGUGGCCCUGGCGACAUCAACCUGCAGGACGAGCGCUGGCAGGACCUCAAUGUGAUCAGCAGCUUGCUCAAGUCCUUCUUCCGAAAGCUGCCUGAGCCCCUCUUCACUGAUGACAAAUACAACGACUUCAUUGAGGCCAAUCGCAUUGAAGACUCGAGGGAGCGGAUGAAAACAUUACGGAAAUUGAUCCGGGAUCUCCCAGGACACUACUAUGAAACGCUCAAAUUCCUUGUGGGCCAUCUCAAGACCAUUGCAGAUCACUCUGAGAAAAACAAGAUGGAACCUCGAAAUCUGGCCCUGGUGUUUGGACCGACGUUGGUGAGAACAUCUGAGGACAAUAUGACAGACAUGGUGACCCACAUGCCUGACCGCUACAAGAUCGUGGAGACCCUGAUACAGCAUUCAGACUGGUUCUUCAGUGAUGAUGAGGACAAAGGAGAGAGAACCCCUGUGGAUGACAAGGAGCCACAGUCAGUACCCAACAUCGAGUAUCUCCUGCCCAACAUUGGCAGGACCGUGCCACCCAGUGAUCCAGGCUCAGAUUCCACCACCUAUAGUUCAGCCAAGUCCAAGGGUUCGUGGACGCCCAAGAAAGAGCCCUAUGCGCGGGAGAUGCUGGCGAUCUCCUUCAUCUCGGCGGUCAACCGCAAGCGGAAGAAGCGGCGGGAGGCGCGGGGGCUGGGCAGCAGCACGGACGACGACUCCGAGCAGGAGGCGCACAAGGCCGCGGCGGGGCCGCCAGGGACGCAGGAGCCUCCCGAGGAGCAGCCGCCAGGGCCCGCCGCGCCGGAGACCCCCGGGCGCCUCAGCCCCCCGGCGGCGCCCGAGGAGCGGCCGGCCGCGGACACGCGCUCCAUCGUCUCGGGCUACUCCACCCUGUCCACCAUGGACCGCAGCGUGUGCUCGGGCGCCGGGGGCCGACGGGCGGGCGCGGGGGACGAGGCGGACGACGAGCGCAGCGAGCUGAGCCACGUGGAGACGGAGACGGACACGGAGGCGGGCGCGGGCCCCGGGGGCCGCCCGGGCCGCCGCCCGUCCUUCAGCUCGCACCACCUCAUGCCCUGCGACACGCUGGCGCGCCGCCGCCUGUCCCGCAGCCGCGCCGACGGCGAGGCGGCGGGCGCGCGCUCCCCCGAGCCGCCGGGCGGCGGCUCCGCCUCGUCCAGCAGCCAGGAGUCGCUGCGGCCCGCGGCGGCGCUCGGUUCGCGGCCCUCGCGCAUGGAGGCGCUGCGCCUGCGCCUGCGCGGCACCGCCGACGACCUGCUGGCCGUGCGGCUGAGGCGGCCGCUGUCGCCCGAGACGCGGCGGCGCCGGAGCAGCUGGCGGCGCCACACGGUGGUGGUGCAGAGCCCGCUCACCGACCUCAACUUCAACGAGUGGAAGGAGCUGGGCGGGGCGGGCCCGGCCGAGGCCGCGCGCGGCGACAACAAGGACUCGGGCCUCAGCAGCCUGGAGUCCACCAAGGCGCGGGCCUCGUCCGCCACCUCGCUGCCGCCCGCCGAGCCGGGGCCUCUGCAGGAGCCGCCCCCGCGCCGCGCGGCCGCCGCCCGCCUCCACCAGCGUCUGUGA